UUCUCCCCCUUUAUUCCACGUUGAUUCCAUCACACACAACUUUUCCAAAGUUUGUUAUUUCUCAAUCUCCCACUAUUAUUAAGAAACGUAAAGAAUCUCAAAGAGGUUUGGAUUACAAAGUCAAUUUUGAUUUGAGAAGAAAGUAACAAAGGAUGGAAAAGAAGGAGAAGAAGUCAGUGAUUCAAAGAGUGAAAAGGACGCUUCGGCAGAGGAGCAAAAGUACGGACGCUAGCAGUGAACAGAAGAAAGGGACGAAGACUGUUGACGACGCGGAAGCUCCCUCGAAAAUUACCAGAGUGAAGGCGGCAAUCACGAAUCGUACAAGAUCCAUAGGAAUCAAGAUCUCAAUUUCGAAAGAGUGCAAUACGACAACUAGCAAAGGUAGUUCUCGGGAGUCGGAUCAAAAGACGAAAAACUCCGUUCUGAGUUCAGUAGACAUGGAAGAGGACCCAGAAGCACCUGUGCAGACCCCGGAUUUGAUGAUGAUUGAGAUCAAGAAGGAAGAGCUGAAAGAGAAGAAAGAGAAGGAGAAGAAAGAUGAAGAGAAACGGGAGAGACAGGAGGAUAGGAAAGAGGAGAGAAAAGAGAAUAAGAGAGAAGAUAAGAAAGAAGAAAAGAAAGAAGAAAAGAAAGAAGAAAAGAAAGAAGUGAGGAAGGACUGCCGGGAAAAUUCGGUGUAUUUCAUGGAAAGGUCGGAUGAGAAGGGGGUGAAGAAGAAGCACUCGAAGAAGCACUCGAAGCAGAAAACAAAGAUGUGGCUGGGAAUGCCUUCUGCGCUCAACUUCUGCAACAAGAACAAUGACAUCCAAAAGAUUCGAGAAGAAUUUGGGUUCCUCGACUCGCUUGUCUGCAACAAGACCACUGAAGCUUUUGAAGCAAACAAAGUUCGAAAUCGUGAAGGGUGUCCGAAGAUCUACGAUGAAAAUCGGGUUCAACUGAAUCGUCCAGGACACGAGGAUGUCAACUACAUCAACGCCAGUGUCAUCACCUUGACAGAUGUAUGUAGAAGGAUGGCUUGCGUGCCUGCCUACGUGCAUCUUGUUGUCCUAUAUUUUGUCAUUUUCCAGUUCGAGCACAAGCUAAUCGUCGCCCAACUUCCCCAGAUGGAAAACGAAAGUUUCGUGGAAGACUUUUGGUACAUGAUCUACCAGGAACAGAUACAUCUUGUCUACUUGAUGGUCCCGGAUGACAAGCUGAAGAACACCACGACUUCUUUGUUCAACGACGAGAAUGGUGGCUAUCAGUACACUGGAAAGAUGUUUAUCAACAAUCGGCGUGCCGACGUUUCUGGAGAUCCAAAGGAAUAUACGAUUGAAGUAUUGCCCGAAGGAAAUUCAGAUUCUGUCAUAUGCCAGGUUCAUCAUCAUGCUCCAUGGAAGCAUCUGCAGCAACCACCAAAAACUCUUCCGAUCAUCAAAAUGAUUCACCAAUUUCUUUCGGAGAAGCAGGUGCAAAACGCUGGAGUCUGCGUGGUCAGCUUGUUCGGAUGCGGUCGUGCGUGCAGCUUCAUUGGUGCUCUCUACGCAAUCAACCAGCUCAAUAAUGGAAUUGAGCCCAAUAUUUGCGAGAUCAUGAAGAAUAUCAAACAGCAGCGUCCAGGAGGAGUCGAAUCUUUUGCUCAAUACGCCAGUAUUUAUGCAAUUGUGUUUGACUACAUUGCGCGCAAACGUGGCGGAAAGAAGGCUCCCGUAAACAAGGACAUCAAUCGAUUCAUUGAUGAGCUCGCCGAGAUCUCCCCAGCAUGCUCCCCGACAAAAGUGAUGCCUUUGAGCACUGAGCUAUAGCAUGAUAGACCUGAUUACUCGACAAUUUUAUUCGCUGAAGACUGUAUACAAUAA